UUGAUUAUCGUCAUCGCUGUUUGUGUACUGAGCGAUGACGCAUCGGACAAGACCAAACCAUGUCUAUGGCCAGCUAGUCUUGACCAGAAUUCGUCUGUGGAGUCACUCUGGCCAUUUCACCGACACAGAAUGCCACCAUUUCUCAAGCACGUCGGUUGGAUGGCACGCUGGGAAUACUAUGCAAUUAUUCGUAACCCGUUUACGACCAUGAAUGAUAAACUGAAGAAGGUUCACAAAUGGGCAAAGAAGCAGGGUCCCGAUGUGGAGAAAGGCGUGGACAUAUACUUCGACAAUAUCAAAAAAUACUGGAGUGAUGUUAACAAAAACACAACAAAGGUACUGGAGGAACUACCGAAAGUCUAUCCCAAGGUGUACGAAAUACUAUCCAACCUGGAUUACACAUACCAAGAUAUGUACAACAAAAUUCGCGAUUUACAUAUUGACAAAGCUACUUAUUAUUCAUUGCAUGCCGUUGUGUUCAUGGUCGUUCACACCGUUGGAAGCCAUGGUCCAUAUCUCGCGGAUACUGAGAUGUUCCUUGAGAGUAAGCUCAUUUUUCAAAUGUUGUCAAAGUUGUGA